AUGCAUUUCUUCAAAGUCCUCCCAUUCUUGUUCGUAACUGCAUUUUCUUAUUGCAAUGAUGCCAAGCCGGCCGGCGAUGUACCUCUCUCCCAGAUUUGCUCGAACGCAAAGCUGAGCGAAGGGUGGAUUUGGGUGGAAUGCAAAGUGGGAUCGCGGUCGAAGAAGUUCGGCCUCGAUCUCAACCAUUGCCUUGCAAACGACGACAAUCAUAUAUCGAUUCGAGCCGAUGGCGGUGCAAUGGGUAGCUGUGGGGACGAUGACUGCGAUGUGACGGUUUCAGAGCACCGAGGGGCCAGCAUAAAAUGCCAUGCGGAUCAGUGCUCAGGAGAAUUAGAUCUGGACAAGGCAAUCAACUUUAGUGGGAGGUAUCUAAAAUGUGGUGAAAUGCUCGGCCCACUGGGCGAGGACGUCGAUAAGAGAGCUUUGAGGAGGAGAUUAAACGAGGAGUACAAGUUAAUGAAGAGGGAGCUUUAG